GGGUGCAAGGUGGAAGCAUCAUUUAAAAAAUGUUUUUGUUGUGGUAAAAUAGACAUACUAUAAAAUUUACCAUUUCAACCAUUUUUAAGGGCACAGUUCAUUGGCAUCAAGUCCAUUUAUAUUGUUGGGCAACCAUCCCCACCAUCAUGUCCAGAACUUUCUCAUCUUCCCAAACUUUGUCCCCAUUAAACACUGACUCCCCCUCCCCGAGCCCCUGGACCCACCGUCUACUUUCUGUGAAUUUGACUCUUCUAGGGAACCCCGAUACGUGUCCUUCUGUGUCUGGCUUCUCUCACUCAGCGUCAUGUCCUCAAGGUUCAUCCACAUUGUACCUGGAUCAGAAUUCCCAUCUUUUCUAAGACUGAGUCAUAUUCCAUUGUUUUUACACUGUAUUUUGUUUAUCCAUCCAUCCAUCAGUGGACACCUGGGUGGCAUCCACCUUUUGGCCAUUAUGAAGAAUGCUUCACGUGAACACACGGGUGUCCACGCUAUCUGUUCGGCUCCCUACUUUUGGUUCUUUUGGGUCUACACCCAGCAGUGGAAUUGCUAGAUCCUAUGGUCAUCCUAUGCUGAAUUUUUUGAGGAACUGCCCUGUUUUCCUGAGCACUUCCAGAUGCAUGCUCCCUCCCCACGGUGUGUGCGUCUGAGCGUGGUUCUUAAGAGAAUUAAAGCUGAGUCUGGUUUCUGCCGUUGCCCCGAGGUUCUCUUCGCCGCCUGUGAGCUGGGAGUCUUUGACCUUCUGGCCGAGGCCCCGGAGGCCCUGGGCUCGGCGGCAGUGGCUGCACGUCUGGGCAUCAGCUCCCGGGGGACAGAGCUACUGCUGGACGCCUGUGUGUCCCUGAAGCUGCUUCAAGUGGAAGUGAGGAGAGAAAAAGCUGUGUAUGAAAGCACAGAGCUCACCAGCACCUACCUGGCCAGAGCCAGCCCCAAGUCCCAGCGGGACAUGCUGCUGCACACGGCCAGGACCCCCUACCUGGGCUGGGGCCACCUGGCCGCGGCUGUCAGGUCCCAGGGCGAGAGGCCGCAAGCCGUGCGGGGCCUGCAGGACCAGUGGAGGCUCGGAGGGCCGAGGGUAGUGGCUGCCUUGGACCCGUCACCCUUCCCGCGCGUCUGUGACCUCGGAGGUGGUUCCAGGGCUCUGGCCAAGGCGUGCAUGUCUCUGUACCCAAGGUCUCAGGUCACCAUGUUUGACAUCCCAGACGUGGUCCAGAUGGCAGAGAGGCACUUCUCAUUCCCGGAGGAUGAACGGAUCGCCUUCUGUGAAGGGGCAUUACCGGGCAGUUACUCAGUUUGUAUAACUUUGUCCGUGUGUGGCGUCCUACACCUGGAGCCUUGUUCCUGAGAUCAUCAAUACUACUUGCUUGCCUUGUCCUGCUGUGUGCAUGACGUCAUUCCAAAGGAGCAAAACCAAGGUUACUACAAACAAGGGAACUGGCAGGCGGUGCUGUGUCUUGUCUGCAGUUCUUCUGUUUAGAAUAUCCACGAAUUGGUGCCUCCACGGUCACAGAAACUAUGGUUGUCGCCCGGAGGUGAUGUUGCCAAUCGAAUCACAGCCUUCUCAUGGCCUUUGGUUUGCUUCCAGUGUUUAGGGAUUGCCUUUGCUUUUUAUGUGUUAAUUCUUGGAUGACUAACACAUUUGCAUGAUUCAAAAACCAAAUGCUGAUGAAAGGUACAUGCAGAGAAGUCCAGCUUGUAAUCUGACCCCCUCACGCAUAUUUCUCCCCAGCUCUUGUAAGAGAGCUGAUUUAUGCUCUUUUUUAAAAAAAAAAAUUACAAAAAUAAAUAAAUAAAGCCGCCAUGUCUCCUGGGUGAAGCCAUGCCCGGGAGGGACCUGGCACCGGGGCCGCUGCCCACAGCAUCCACAGUCACCCUGCCCCUCACCCCCCUUGUCUCUGAGAUCCAAACGCAGCACCUGACGGUUUGCAUAUUUCUCUGGAUGGCCAGAACUCUGCAAGGGAAGCCAUCGAUGAUGCUGAAGCCAGGGGCAGCCCUUGGAAGCAGGAGGAGGAGCAUGGCUUUGCAGGUCCGGAAUUUCUACGCAGCAGGAAGCUGACCUCGGGCACAUCACCUACCUUCUCUGCACCCUCACCCUUCAAAUUUAACAGACGGGACUGGGUAAUCUCUAAAGUUUGUCUUAAAUGCCCUGUGAUUCUUUGAAUAUGUCCAACCAAUGCCUCUCAGCUGGGGUGAUUUUGCCCCCCGCCCCCGGUUGGGGACACACCUGGCAGUGUCUGGAGUCGUCUUGGGCUGUCUCGCUGGACUGAAGGAUGCUGCUGGCCGCUGGUGACUGGGUACCAGGGUUGUUGCUCAACACGCCACAGCGCACAGGGUACCCCACAUCCGAGAGUGGCCCAGCAGCCCCCGAUGCCCACAGUGCCGGGCUCGAGAGACUGAGUCUGGAUGUGGUCACACUGCAGCUUCCCCGAUCCUCGUGGCUGUCACGACAGGACUGGCUCUUAGGGGUGCGUUGAUUUCUUAAAAGUCCUCCUGAGCCGAGGGCUCUGGGAGGGUCACGCUGUCUUCGUGGGGGUAGGAAGAGAAACAGGACCUUCUUCAGAAGAUGAUGGAAAGCCAGCUGCUGGUCCCAGACUGUGCUCCCCAGCGUUGGUCCAGCUCCGUGGCCUGGGGAGGGACCGGGUGGACUCAGCAGGAAGGACCCUCCAGGGCGCCAGGAAUCACCUGCUCUGGCUUCUUCGCAAAUGCCUCUCAGGACAGCCUGGAGCCUUGGAGGCAGACGUCCUCCUGUUGCCACGGCGACGCUGGACCACUUGGGGCAGGACCGGGAUGCCUGUCUGCCAGCAGAUGGCGCUGUUGGGCGGUUUAAUGGACGUUGGCUCCACGGACCAGAGGAGGCUGGGGUGGCCCUAAACGGAGAAGACGCCCCCACUUUACGCCUUUGCCUCCGAAAAUGUUAGGUUUCACGAAAACAAGUACCUUUUCAUCAUUUUCCCCCGUGAAGGGCGAUUACAAAGUAAGAAUAAAAGGCAUCAUUCUCCAGGUUCUAAGGGAGGGGACACUGCCCCCCGCCAGCACCCUGUCCCGCGGAGAGACACCCUGGGCCGGGUGGAUAUUAACGUACAGUAGGGCCGGCUGCAUCUCUCGCAGCAGGGCCCUCGAGCCAUUGCCAGAAACACCACCUCUUUCUGGAGGUUUUCUGCCCCAAUGAAGAAUUUGCGUGGUCAGCGGUGAUAUGGAGGGCCCCGGUCAGCUUGUCUAGAAGAAAAGCUGCUGAAACACACAGCAUGGCAUGAACCCUUUGGAUUAAAAAAAAAA